AUGGUUCUGAACGACAUGCUGCAGCUCACGGUCACCUGCACGCUCUUCGUCCUCAGCUACGCCAUCUACCGCAUCAACGUGUCCUUCUGCUGCUUCUUCAUGCUGGUGGCCGUCAUCACCACACGCAACACGCCCAUCAACUUGGCCGGCAUGGCGAUAGAGCGCUACAUUGCCAUCUGCAACCCGCUGCGUCACGGGCAAAUUUGCACCACUCGCCGCACCUUCUACAGCAUCGGAGUCAUGUGGCAUAGAUUUUUUAUGAGGAUGUUGAACUCCUCCUCCCUCUCGGACGUCCUGGGGGGUCUCGUGAACUCUUCCGUGGGUGAGACUGCGGUGUCAGUGAACAAAGAGAGCUUCUCUAGCGCUCUGACCAAAAACAUUGUGACCAUGAUGGUGUGGCUGGCCCUGAGCGUCAUCAACAGCAGCAUGCUACACACCUUCCUAAGACACAGCCUGUUCUAUGAGAACCCGCGGUACAUCAUGUUCAUCUGUAUGGUCAUAAACGACGCCGUGCAGCUCAGCCUGGUCACAGCGCUCUAUGUCGUCAGCUACAUCUUCAGGAAAAUCAAUGCUUCCAUCUGCUGUGUCCUGGUCAUGACUGCCGUCCUCACUACUCGCUCUACCCCUCUGAUUCUGGCUGGGAUGGCACUGGAGCGCUACAUCUCCAUCUGCUUCCCCCUGCACUACAUACAGAUCUGCACAGUCCCCAGAACCCUCCUCCUCAUCGGGGUCAUCCUCAUCCUGACCGCAGCCCCUCCAGUCAGCGACCUGCUCAUCACUGUGGUCAAGGAACCCCCUAGUUUCUUCCAGAUUUCCAUCUUCUGCGACCACUCACUGCUCUUCCGGGACCGCUCCAUUUACUACAAGAACUGUGUGUUCGACGGGACUUACCUGUCGUUUGUGGCCCUCACACUUAUCUACACCUACUGCAAGAUCAUGCUGACCGCCAAAGCUGCGUCCGGCGAGGCUUCGGUCAGGAGAGCCAGGAACACGGUGAUGCUGCAUGGAGUGCAGUUGCUCCUGUGCAUGCUUGCCUUCGUGGUGCCCUCCCUGCAGGCAGCUCUCAUCUCAUUGUUCCCUCAGCUGAGUUUGGAGAUCCGCUACAUCUUUUACCUGGUGGUCUACAUCAUCCCCCGCUUCCUCAGCCCGGUCAUCUACGGCUUCAGGGACGAGCAGUUCAGGAAGUACUGGACCAGGUACCUUCGCUGUGGGCUGGACAGUUUACAGAGGGUCCGCCCCGUUCUGCUAAAGCCCAUCAUAAAGCUGAUUACGUUACGACGAUGGGGUGAGAGUAAAUUAAGCAAAGUUGGGGAUGUGACUAACGCACAGGUGGAUAUGGUGAAAGAGACUCUCCCCAGUUGGGUCCAGUUGGACUCAGAGGACGGCCUGGUGCAUGUGAACGUCGGUGGGUUGAAGAGGAGCCUCUGUUCCAGCACUUUAAAGAAGUUUCCAGACACCAGACUGGGGAAACUACUGUCCUGUGGCUCUGAGGAGGACAUACUGCAGGUGUGUGACGACUAUGAUGUGCAGCAGAAGGAGUUUUAUUUUGACAGGAACCCCGGCCUGUUCCCCUAUGUCCUUCACUUUUACCAAACCGGAAAACUGCAUGUCAUGGAGGAGCUCUGCGUGUUCUCCUUCUGUCAGGAGAUCGAGUACUGGGGCAUCAAUGAGUUUUUUCUGGAUUCGUGCUGCAGUUAUCGAUACCAUGACCGUAAACUAGAGAGCAGCCGCCACCGCAGCUGGGACGACGACAGCGAGGUGAGCAGCAUCGACACCAACGUAGAUGAGAUCUCCGACUUAAACAGAGACAUACAGCACUUCCAGGAGGUACGAUACGGGAAUGUGCGUAAAUGUCUGUGGCUGACUCUGGAGAACCCCGGGUACUCCAUCCCCAGUAAACUCUUCAGUCUGUUGUCCAUCGUUGUGGUGCUCACCUCCAUCGCCAUCAUGUGCAUCAACAGCAUUCCCGAGUACCAGAUAUUUGAUCUCGAUGGAAAGCUUAUAGAGGACCCUACUAUGCAAAUCCUGGAAGUCUUCUGCUCUUGCUGGUUCACCUUUGAGGUGGUGACUCGGCUGCUGCUGGCUCCAAACAAGAAGAAGUUCUUUCGCCACCCCCUCAACAUCAUCGACCUGGUGUCUGUGGUGCCCAUCUACAUCACUCUGGUCUUUGACUUGACUCUGGGCUCCGAGUCUGAGCUCGGCAACAUCGGUCGACUCAUUCAGGUAUUCAGGCUGAUGAGGAUUUUCAGAGUUUUGAAACUUGCCCGACAUUCAACUGGACUCCGGUCUUUAGGGGCUACACUUAGGCACAGUUACCGUGAGGUCGGGAUCCUGCUGCUGUAUCUGGCUGUUGGAGUCUCUGUCUUCUCUGGCAUCGCCUACACAGCCGAAUACGAGGAGAACGUGGGUCUGGACACGAUUCCGGCGUGCUGGUGGUGGGGCACAGUCAGCAUGACCACAGUGGGCUACGGGGACGUGGUGCCGGUCACCGUGGCCGGGAAACUGGCGGCGAGCGGCUGCAUUCUGGGAGGUACCCUGGUGGUGGCGCUGCCCAUAACCAUCAUCUUCAACAAGUUCUCGCACUUCUACAGACGACAGAAAGCGCUGGAAGCUUCGGUGAGGAACAACAACCGCAGGAGCUGUGACAUGGGAGACACAGGCUCAGACACAGACAUAGACGACAUAGAAGAGGAUGACAUUGACUUUGAGGACGAGGGCGGGGUUAUUAAUUAUAGCUUUGUGGAGCACCUGGUGGAAAAGGCACAGAAAAACAUGCAUAAGCAACAUGCAUAA